AUGGCAACCACAUCGAGCACCAGGCGCUACCUGUCUGUGUCGUCUCGUGUCACCUCAGAAAUGGACACUGACACAGAGGGGGACAGCACAGAGGAUGACGUAGACCCACAGCCUCCUGGCCCAGGUCGUCUGUUCAACGUCAACAACAGCAAUAACAAUGAGGGAGAAGAGAAAACAAAGAAGAAAAAAGAGAAGAAAGAAAAAAAGGAGAAAAAGGAGAAGAAGGAGAAGAAGGAGAAGAAAGAGAAGAAAAAGGAGAAAAAGGAAAGGGAGGAAAAUGAAAGAGAAGAGGAGCAAGAGAAAGAAAAGGAGAAGGAGAAAGAGAAGGAAAGGGAGAAGGCAAAGGCGAAGCCCAAGGAGGUGUUUGUCAUUAACCCUGCCGGCAGUUUGUACUACAACUGGCUAUUUGUCAUCGCAAUUCCAGUCAUGUACAACUGGACAAUGAUUAUUGCAAGGGCCUGUUUUGAGGAACUCCAGCAUGACUACCUUCUCACCUGGAUGAUUCUGGACUACUGCUCUGAUGUCCUGUACCUGGCUGACAUGGCCUUCAGGGCCAGGACAGGUUACCUGGAACAAGGCCUUCUGGUGAAGGAUAAGAAGAUGCUGCGUGAGCGCUACUUCAGCAGCCUACAGUUCCGUGUGGAUGUUGUGUCCAUGCUCCCCACAGACGUAUUCUACUUGUACCUGGGGCUGGACUACCCGGAGAUCCGCAUCAACAAGUUGCUGCGCAUCAACCGCAUGAUGGAGUUCUUUACCCGUACCGAGACCAAGACCAACUACCCCAACAUCUUCCGUAUCUCCAAUCUGGUCAUGUACAUCAUCAUCAUCAUCCACUGGAACGCCUGCCUCUACUAUUCCUUCUCCAAGUCCAUCGGCUUUGGAUCGGACGCCUGGGUCUACCCUGCCCUGGAUGACCCAGAUGAGCCAGAGUUUGGGGAGCCCAUGAGGAAAUACGCCUUCAGUCUCUACUGGUCGACCCUGACGCUGACCACCAUCGGGGAGACGCCGUCCCCAGCCCUGGACUCCGAGUUCCUGUUCCACGUGGUGGACUUCUUGGUUGGGGUCCUGAUCUUCGCCACCAUCGUGGGCAACAUCGGCUCCAUGAUCACCAACAUGAACGCCGCCCAGACCCAGUUCCAGUCCCGCAUCGACAACAUCAAGCAAUACAUGCAGGUGCGUAAGGUCAGUAAGGAACUGGAGGACCGUGUCAUUAAGUGGUUUGACUACCUGUGGAACAAUGGGAAGGCUCAGAAUGAGAGGGAGGUGUUGAGGUACCUGCCAGACAAGCUGAGGGCAGAGAUCGCCAUCAACGUCCACCUGGAUACGCUGAAGAAGGUGCGCAUCUUUGCCGACUGCGAGGCGGGCCUGCUGAUUGAGCUGGUGUUGAAACUACGACCCCAGGUGUUCAGCCCGGGGGACUUCAUCUGUAAAAAGGGUGACAUCGGACGCGAGAUGUACAUCAUCAAGGAGGGCAAGCUAGCGGUCGUGGCCGACGACGGCAUCACCCAGUUUGUUGUCUUGGGCGACGGAAGCUACUUUGGCGAGAUCAGCAUCCUCAACAUCAAGGGCAGCAAGGCAGGGAACCGGAGGACUGCCAACAUCCGGAGCAUUGGCUACUCUGACCUCUUCAUCCUGUCCAAAGAUGACCUGAUGGAGGCCAUGACGGAGUACCCGGAUGCAAAGGUCAUUCUGGAGGACAAGGGCAGACAGAUCUUGCUAAAGGACGGCCUCCUGGAUCUGGACCCAGCCAACAUCAUGCCCGACACCAAGGACCUGGAGGAGAAGGUCGACCGCAUGUACAGCACCAUGGAGCUGAUGCAUAUGAAGCUGAAAAAGCUGCUGGCAGACUACACCAUCACAGACCAGGCCAUCGUGGAUCGCAUCGCCAUGAUGGAGCGCCUGACCGGAGACGAGCCGGAGGAGGACGAGCAAGGGGAAGGGGAGGAGGCAAAAGCAGAGGCAGAGGAAGAGACAAAAGAGGAAGGAGUGCUGGAGGAGGAGAAAAAGGGAGACGAGGCAGACGAGGAGAAAAAAGACGAGGAGAUGGAGAAGAAGGAAGAGGCUAAAAAAGAUGAACAGGAGAAGAAAACAAAGGAGAAGUAG